AUGACUGACGUAGUAGUAGCGGGCUUGCAGGGCAAUGAGAGAGACGAUAGCGAGGCCGAUAGCGACGGCGGGAGUCAGCAUGAGGAGGACUCCAUGGAUGAUGAUGAAUCGAGAAGCGUGGACAGCGACAGCACGGGGAGUCUCGCCGACUUCAUCGCGCCCGAUUGGGAAAUGGAAAGCGGCGAUGAGGGUGAGGCCGCGGAGGACGACGACUACGAGAAUGAAAGCACGGACGAGAACGAGGAAGCAGGCGACGGAGACAGUGGCGGAGACGGUGACGGAGGCGACGACAGACCCAAACGCGCCUACUUACCCAACUGCGACGCAAUGGCCCGUCUCGAGAUGAUUGCAUACAACCUUCGGCGACUCGCACGUGAGUCCGAGGCCGAGACAAGCUUACGCACCCUAGGCAUCCGUAACUCGUACCAAACCAAAAAUAUGGGUGUCGCGGGUUUCUAA